UUUAUUGGAAUUAUUGAUUCUGGGUGUCAGUGAUGGGGACUUUGGGUGUAGUGGUUUCAUCAAUGGUGAUGGACUCUCAUUCCAGUCAAUGCUUGUGUUUGAAUGCUCUGCCUUCAUGUAAUCUGAGCGGUGGGGAUUUAGCUUUACAUAGGAAUUCUUCUUCAACAUCACUCUGCAGAAGGCAGAUUAAAACCCCAUGUUCAUUGGAAUUGAGCACUUCAUUUCUGGAUAGGAGGGGGUUGGGUAAAGGGCAAAGGGGAAAUUUCAGCAGUUUGAAGAAGCAGAAGCAGCCAAAGAAGAGGGGCUUUACUGUGGUGAAUGAGUUGGGUGGUCAGUAUGAAGAGACAUUUGAAGAUGUGAAAUCACAAAUUCUCAACUAUUUCACAUACAAAGCUGUGAUGACUGUUCUAGACCAGCUUCAGGAAAUGAACCCUCCACAGUAUCAAUGGCUCAAUGGAUUUAUAGAAACAAAUAAGCCUAGAGAUGGGAAGCAUUUCAUUCGCAAUCUUGUAAAGGAAAAACAAGACCUUGCAGAAAGAGUGAUGAUAACACGACUGCACCUCUAUGGAAAAUGGAUAAAGAAAUGCGACCAUGAUGAACUGUAUAACCAAAUAUCUGAUCAAAACUUGGAGGUGAUGCGUGAACGACUCGUGGAGAUAGUGAUUUGGCCAUCAGAUGACACAAAUACAGAGGUGGUUGGGUGAAGGAAUGGGAGCUCUACUGCCAUCACCCAAGUUCUUUCAUGUUUUUAUUUCAUUUCAUUUCAUUUCUUAUGGUUGUAACUUAAUAGUGUAGGUGUGUGCUUAGGAGGAUUUGCUAAACAGUGUUUUAUUUUAUGCUAUAACAGUCAUAAGGAAUCUUAGUUUUAAUACCAAAUGAGAAAUUGUGUAUAGAAAUUCCAUGUAUCAGUUUGAUUCUAUUCUUGGAUACAAACUAUAAUCUUAUGUCUUA